GUCGGGCUGGGCGAGCGGGGAGCGGCGGCCGCCCGGGCUUGUAAGUUUUGCCACUUUUCUGCAAUGGAUAAAAGAUAACUGAAUGUUUCAAUAAACAUUCUGGUAGCUUGCAUCUGAAGUUUCUUUUUGACUAAGACACCAACAGGCAAUUCCUCCAGGAGCAGAUACUGUGUAUUAAUGGGCAGCAGGUUUCUAUCGAAGAACAUCCAGGGAAUGCUUCUGAGAGUGGUUGCCAAGCAAUCUCAGUGUGCUGACCAGUGCUACCAUCAUACAAUUUAAAGAUGUCUCACAUUAAGGUUUUUCUAGAUCUGGAUAAGAAUUAAGACUUGGUUUUGAAGUGGUUGAGCAACUUGCUACUGCCCAAGUCAUGACACUCCCAUUUCGAAAGGACUUGGACAAGUACAAAGAUCUUGAUGAGGAUGAAAUUCUUGGCAAACUUUCGGAAGAAGAACUGAAGCAACUAGAAACUGUUUUGGAUGAUCUUGACCCUGAGAACGCGCUGCUGCCUGCAGGCUUCCGGCAGAAAGACCAGACUGCCAAGAAGGCCUCGGGUCCCUUCGACAGGGAACGGCUCCUGGCGUACCUGGAGAAGCAGGCGCUGGAGUACAAGGACAGGGAAGACUAUGUGCCUUUUACAAGAGAAAAGAAAGGGAAAAUCUUUAUCCCCAAGCAAAAGCCCAUACAGUCUUUCACAGAAGAAAAAUUCUCUCUUGAUCCAGAACUGGAGGAAGCCUUGACCAGUGCCACAGACACAGAACUGGGUGACCUCGCAGCAAUACUAGGAAUGUCCAACUUGAUAACAAACAAUCAGUUCUGUGAUGUAGUAGGAAGCAGUAAUGGGAUUGACAAAGACAGCUUCUCAAAUAUAGUAAAAGGUGAAAAAAUGUUGCCUGUUUUUGAUGAACCACCAAAUCCCACAAACGUGGAGGAGACACUGCAAAGGAUUAAAGAUAAUGAUUCUCGUCUUGUUGAAGUUAAUCUAAAUAACAUUAAGAACAUACCAAUUCCAACGCUGAAAGAAUUUGCAAAAGCCUUAGAAACCAACACACACGUGAAGAAUUUCAGCCUGGCAGCCACCCGAAGCAAUGACCCUGUUGCUGUUGCUCUUGCAGAUAUGCUGAGAGUAAACACAAAAUUAAAAAGUUUGAACAUAGAAUCAAACUUCAUCACUGGUGUUGGAAUUCUGGCGUUGGUUGAUGCACUGAAAGACAAUGAAACAUUGACAGAGAUCAAAAUUGAUAAUCAGAGGCAGCAGCUGGGCACAGCUGCAGAAGUAGAAAUUGCCAAAAUGCUUGAAGAAAACAACAAGAUCCUCAAAUUUGGAUACCAUUUCACACAACAGGGACCUCGAGCCAGGGCAGCUGCAGCUAUCACAAAAAACAAUGAUUUGGUUCGGAAGAGGAGGGUUGAAGGAGACAAUUAGCAAAGCUGAUGCCAGAGCUCUGGAGUCAGCACGGGCAGCACCGUGGGCUUCGGCAGUCUUGGACUCCAUUGACCUGGGUUAGAAGGGAAAAGACUGGAAACCCCAUUCCUUUCAAAGCAAAGCAAUAGAAUCAUCUGCUGGUAUGCAGCACGGUUUUGGGAUGGAUGGAGACACAGUAACUGUGCCAGUCUCUGUACCAUAGGUUUUGUUUGGUUUUUUUAAGAACUUUUUUUUGUAUUUCAAGACUUUGGCUGUGCUUUCUACUAAAAAUGUAACUGCAAAUCAAUGGUAUAAUUGUCUGUAGUCAAAGAAUGGGACUUUUAAGAUGAUUGGGCAGAUACUGACCCAACUGAAAUGUUAGUAAGAAAAUCAGGGGGUGUGUAUUUACGAGGAGGGGUGUGUAUAUUCCCGACAGCAAUGCGCUAGAGAAAAGGGAUUCUUCACCCAGCAGCUGCACUCAUGUAAAGCUGUUCAGCUUUGUUCAUCUGCACUGAAAUCUUUCACAGCAAUGUUAUUUGUAAUUCUACUGGUUUAUUUUUUAUUUGUUCUUGAUACUGUAAUCAAGUUCAAAGACAUCCUUUUAAGCCAAACAAAAAUAAAUUGGCUAAGGACUUCUCCCAAGAAAUUAGAGGGACUAACACAAAAAUGGAAGCCUUGGAAAACAAGAAAGAAAUUCAGGAGCCUUGCAAAAUGAGUUUUUCUGUUUACACCUAAAUCCUUAAAGUCUUUUUCAAAAGGUCCCAUAACUGUGUCUUGCUCUGUAUCUAAACUGGAUACAUUUUUAGACUGAUUUCAUGUGUUCAUCAGCAUUAUUUAGUUUAUAUUCUUUGUUUAAAAAUUAUCUACAUAAGUAUCAAUUUCUCUAGAAGUAGUGGACAUUCAUAUUUAAAAUUCUGCAUAACUAUACAGGAAAAGCAGCCUUAAUUGUUAGACCACUGGCCUGAGUUGCAUUACAUUAAGCUGUUUGUACUUCAUACAAAUCUAACAGUUUUCAAUAAUGAAGUAACACUUUUAAGAAAGGAUUUUUCCAUUCUAUAUUUGUCUUGAUGUUGAAACACUACCUAAUACAUGCAAAACCAACCAAUAUGUAGUUUCAAAUCUCUAAGGCAUAGUCAUUACUAAAGUGUUUAAAGUUCUAUAAGCAAACUAAUAAGGCAACAAGAACCACUUCAAAUUCUGUACAUAAUCACAGUACACUUUGAAAUAUGAAAAUCUAGAAGCUUUUCAGUGUAGGUCUGUUUGGACUGUCUUGUACUUUGCUUUGAGAUCACAAAAAUGUUCUACAGGACUGCUUGGCUGUAUUUAUAGCAACAGAGAAUUCAACUGACAACUGUUUUCAUCCAAAGAUCAUAAUGUGGUGAGCAUUUAUGUGUGAAAAACAUAUCGGACUGAGAAUUUUGCAUCAGGUUGUAUAUACUAUAAAAACAGAGCAAGUCUCUGCCACUGUGCCCACGUAAUUUGCUGCAAAUCUUGGUUUGGAUCUUUAAAGACAGACUUUAUUCUGGAGGUGGCUUCAAAUUUUACUGCAACUGUACAGAGAAUUUUGAACUGUAGUGCCUUCAGUGGGGAUGUAUAUAACUGGUUUAUACUCGUGGAAGAACCUUUUUCCCCCCUACUUCUAGAUCGGCAUUUUAUUAGAAUUACAAAUAAAUAUAUGCUCUGAAAACCAAGUUGAAAUUAAUUCAGUUAAAGCCAAAGACUACACUUACAGUGACCUCACAUCAACACCAGAAGUGUUCUGAUGAGUAACAAAAAGGGCUUCUUUUCGUUUGGACUUUUGUAAAUUUUCAAGAACUUUUUAGAUUUUGAAAUAAAGUUUGAAAUAGUUCUAGUACCAUAUGCAUACAGUCAGAAGUUGUGUCUUUUUACAGACAGACACUGCUGUAUAAACAUGGCCAAAGCAUGUCAUGUGCUGAGUUGCCUAAAGCUGUACUUUACUUUUUAUUUGCUAGGCACCGUAAUCAUUUUGUGUCAAUAAACAGGCUGUAAUGUCUUCCUUCAUUUGUUGAAGGGCUGCAUGUUCACAGAAUCUGUUCAUGUAUUGGGUUUCUAUGAUGAGAUGUUUUAUCACUACCUAAAAAGAUUAGGCAGUUAUCUCCUACUUGAAAAUGAAAAAGAAAAUUGAAAGGCUGGAUUAUGGAAAAAAUAGCCCAAACCCCUUUCUUGCUUUGACUAAAUCAAGUUUGGCUGUUUAAUUAUUUAUAUUCCAAUCAAAGGCAGAGCCAUUUAAGUUGCAGCUCUCAGGUGUCCUGUCACAAAUGGUUAACUCUGUAAACAACAGGUUAACUGUAACAGUUAAAUGGUUUAACUCUGUAGACAACAGCUAAAAAUUUGACUGCUUGUGACUUUCAGGACAGAUACCUGACAGGCUGGGCAUGGAAAACAAUUUUUUUCAACCAGAAGGGUUUAAUCAUCCAAAUUGUUGCAAGACCUUUGGCGUGGUGCAUGGAACAGUUAACAGCAAUCACUUUUGUGCCUGCAGUGGGUGUCCUUUUUGGAAUAAAUGAAGAAAUUCAGUCUGUAGCCAGGAAUCUGCAACAGUCUCAACAAAGUGAACACUGAUGUAAUGCCAUCGAGUGUGGUGAGAUCCUGCAUAUGAUUUUAUUGAUAGUGAGUGCAGGAGUGGUAUUACUUUGAUGACCAGUUACCAUAAACACAAGGUCUUUUUCUGAAAGAGAUACUGUUUCCUUACUGAUUAUUUUUCUGGCUUAAUGCAGAAAUCAAAUGACCGCGUAUGUUGAUUCUGUUGGUUCCAAACUAAGCAUAGAAACACAACCAAUAUUUCAGAGCAGUUACCUAUUUACUCUUGUAUUUUAAAGAAAUAGCCUCACUCUCUCUGCAACUUGAGUAAUCUUGCGUUUGUAAGCUACAAACGAGCAAGGGUUCAAUUUAAAUUUCCAUUGGGGAAGCAGGUAUUGAGUAUUUUAGCAUAUCAGCACUAUAUGCUGUCAGAUUGUAAAACAGUUACUAAUCUGUGGACGAUUAAAGUACUGUAUUCUUCUUGUG